CAAGCGAUCACUAAGCGAGAAAAUUUCUUAUUGAUAACGACGUCGAACCGAGUAGUUAAAUUAUAAAAAAAAAUUAAAUGGGGCGAUAAUCAAGUGGAGAAACAAGAGGCGAUGUCAGUCAGUGACCCGUUGGUUCGAAAUAUUAAAGGCUGUGUUCAGCACUUCGUAAAUCUAACAAACUCCGACAAUCCCACCACCACCACCAUCAUAUCAGAUAACAAUCAUCAUUUCAUCCUGUUCGCCCAGACGCUCGAAAAGAUUUUCGAAAAGGGGUUCGUUCGUGAACAAAACACGAAAUUCUUCAAUCGAAUCGUCGACGUAUUCUCGUGGAUGAUGAGCAUAUCGAAGGACACCGACAAUUUUACGUAUCAAAACUGUGUGGACCAGGUGAGAACGAGAAACGAGCUCGGUAGUAACGAAGGCCGAUUUCGGCUUUUGGUUAAAUAUUGUUUGGUCAAGAAAUGUCUGCACGUUCCCGUAGAGACUUUGGUGACUUCGAACCACGCUCAAAUUUUUUACAGUCCAAGUUCAAUAUUGGGCGAUGACAUUUUGACGGAAAUACUGCUUUCGGUUCUGAGACAGGUGUCCACUAUGAGGUUCCAACUGGAUUUGACGAACGCUUCAUUUUUGGACGUGUCUUGGUAUAUCCCAGAAGUUGUACGGUUAGAAUUAGUGCCUUGUAUCAGUCUUGGAAUAGCUAUUAGUUUUUUAGAAAACAAAGGAGUUAUCGUAAACGUUGAUGAAAACGGAGUGGCUGCUGAAAAUGGUAAUAUCAUGGUGGGCGACGUCCUGGAUGAACUCCACGGUACUCACAUAAACAACUCAUGCAGGGGGCGCCUUAAUUUCCUAAUGAGAUCGAAUCGAUUAAAACCAGUCAAGUUGACGAUAAUCAAGUCGUACAGUAAGGAGUCAGGUCAGUUUUUUCCACCCAUUCAGAGCCUGUUAAAGGAGCUGAAGAUGGACCUUGAGAGUGUUAAGAGGCAGUUUGAAGAAAAUGGAAAUGUGAUUGGAACCGAUAGGCAGAAGAGUGUCUAUGGUUAUCCCGUAAAAUUGUUGGCAAAAGUGGACGUAGGUGCGCUGGGCAACGUUUCACAAGUGAAAAAAGCUCUUAAAAGUUUCGAAGAAGGCCAUCAUCACUCGAAAGAAACCCAAACCGCCAUGACUAAAUUUGACAAACCCGCUGCGUUGGAAAUCGGCGAAAUCGGCUUGAAAAUACGCGAUAAGGAAACCACCGAUUUAAUUUUCGAGCAUCCUUACAUGAAAAUCUCCUCUUGCGGCAACGUACCAAUAUUGCCCAAGGUUUUCGGCUACUGUGCUGGGGACGACACUUGCGACGUUGCUAAGACUUUUAUCUGUUAUAUCUUUGAGGCUGCAACGUUGGACGAUGCCGAUUUGAUUUUGCAAAGCAUUGGUGAGCCUUAUUCUACGAUAUGUUGGUUCAACUGAAAACGGACCAAGCAUCAGAGAAGAUUUCAUGACAUUUAUUGAUGCUUUUGGUGAACUGUCAAAGAAUAAUUUAAUUCUGCAAAAAGUAGUGACUCUGACGACUUGGAAGAAGAAACUGAAGUACUCUCUACUAAAAACGCUCAAGAAGACAGCCAACCUGAUGUGGAAUUAUCAUUUACUGGGAUUGCUCUCGGGAAAAUCGUCCUCGCAGAAAUUAAUCUCAAUUCAAAACAUCACGUUGCAAUAGGAACUGAUGCGUGUGCUGUGAUGCUAUUAGAUCGUGGAGCUGUUAACGAAAUCCGGAAAGAAGCGGAAAACGCUGUAGUAACACCCUGUUAUUCUCACAAACUAAACAGCACCAUAUUUAAAUCUACCAAAAUUCGAGUGAUUAAAUUGGUAUGCAGCACUAUACGUGAGGUUAACAAGUUCUUCAAGAAGUCCUUUCCUAAACGUACGACGGCAUUGGCAAAGAAACUUGGAGAACACCUGGUACAGUUAUGCGAAACAAUGAUGCUGUUGUUCAAUUUGCCUCCAAAAUGUCCUUGAUUCUAGAAGCUUUGACAAAAAUCAGUGAGUGGAAAUACAAGGAAAGCCACAGUCCUAAUAGCAGCUUUAUGCAAAUUCGAAUUUAUUGCUUCUGUCUUUGUGACACUUUAUCAUUGACUCCUUCACUCAGCGUACUGCUUCAGAAAGAGUCCAUCGAUAAUGCAGAAGCAUCAAUGAUGAUAGAUACGCUGCUUACGACGUUUCAAGAUCGGAGAGAAAAAGCUGAUGCAAAUUUCAGAAGUAUUUAUUCAGAUGCGAAAAAACUAGCACAAAAACUGGAUGGUUCCUGAACAAAAACCGAGAACUUGUGGCCAACGAACGUAACGCAAUAAUUACAGCGUUAGCAGUUGCGAAGAUUACUACAGGGUCUCGGUAUACAUUACUUUGUUGGAUACCAUCUGCGAAGAUCUCAAGACUGGUUUUUCGAAAGAAGUUCUAGACGGUUUUUCAAUUGAGUAUGCUGCUGCCUACGAAAGUAUGUGAGCUCAAUCCAACUGAAAGCGAAAAUCUUAUCAGCUGUAUGACAGAAAGAUUCAAAGGACUCAUAACUGAUGAUAACAUCGUGCAGCGUUUUAAGUUCAAAACCACUGGCAGUACAAGAGAAAGACUUCAGCCAAUCCACUUCCAACUACUGCAUUACAAGCUUUGGAGAACUGUUGAAAUAUUCCCGACUAUCAAUGCUUAUCUUCGUAUAUUUUGCACACUGCCUGCGACAAAUGCAAGCUCCGAGCGCUCUUUUCUCUCUCUUCGCUGCUUGAAAACAUGAUGAGCUACAAGAAAGACUGAUUGGAUUGGCUUUGCUAUGUACAUACACCAAGACAUUGAAGUCAGUCCUGAAGAAGUCAUUGAACGAUUCGCAAAACUGGGGCCUCGUCGUUUUGUUCUAUGAAAUAAUUUUUCUGUAACAUUUGCAUACGGAUUGGAGCAGGGAAAAAAGUGCGGUUUUUAUGGAUCUAGCAAAGGCCUUCGACACUAUACCCCAUUAUAAGUUACUUCAUGUUCUUGACAGAUAUGAAAUUAGGGGUGUAGUAUUGGGGCUCUUUAACAAUGAUCUACAAGAAAAGAAGCUAAUGGUAAAAAUUAGAGAUUCCCUGAGUGACCCUAGCACUGUGCAAAUUGGAGUGCCCCAAGGCACAGUGCUGGGCCCCGUACUCUUUAUUUUAUAUAUAAACUCCCUUUUAUCCUUGCAUAUAGAUGGCAUGGCACUAUCUUACCUAGAUGACACAGUUCUUGUAUUUAAGGAUGUUACUUGGAAUCUUGUAAGAACGAACCUCAUAAAUGGCACGAGGAAUGUAAAGAUGUGGUUAAACAAAUAUAAAUUGUCCCUAAAUAUCUUAAAAACUGUUUAUGUCGACUAACAGAUGCAAAUCGGCCAAAUUUUAAGGAAAUAGUUAUUGAUGAACAACAAAACUUUAUUAUAAAAGAAGUAGAAAGCACUAAACAUCUAGGUAUAAUAAUAUUAGACAAAAAAAUUAAUAUGGACACCACACAUUCAAAACUUAACAUCUAAGUAAACUCAAAAGCUUAAUUCAUAAAUUUUUCUUUAUUAGAAAUAUAUGUAUAUCUACGACACCCGACGCAGAUUAAAAAAAUGAAUAUAUGAGUGCCAUCAAUGGAAUUGUUAACCUUUUAAAUCAAGCUCGUUUGAAAGUAAAUUGUAGUGUAAGAAAAUUGGUGAGCUAUUUACUUAGUAUAUGCCUUACGAAUAGUUCAUGGACAAAUAAGAAUAUGUCUAUACAACGAGUCUGACUGCUUAAGUUGUUUUAUGCGAAUAAUAAUCCAAAAUGAUUUAUUUUUUCAGGAAUUUUAAUUACAAAAUAAACAAUUAAUAUGCC